AGAAUCAAUGUUUACAUUAGCCAACCGGCGGGCAUGAAAACGAAAACAAAUGAACCAGGAACCUCGCUGAAAUGGUUUUAGAGCAUUUAAAUGAUUAUUUCUGGCAAUAUGGACAAUGAUUCAUUAAACGAGAACUUCUCCACCCUACUAAUGGGGAAAUCUCCAGGGAAACGAGGCUCCAGCAACUUCAUGGAGGUUGAAGAGUCAACCAUGUACGAGAACUACCCCCCUAGGAAACCCUUCAUUAAUGACCCCUAUGAACGGCCGCCCUAUAAACCUGUCAGCACGUAUCCAGAGGGCAACAGAACUGCGGUGGUUGAUGCAUUGAGGAACCUCCAGCACAAGAUUCACGCGCUGGAGCUGGAGCGGACCACAGCGGAGGACAAGCUGAAGUCCCUGGCGCGGGAGACCAGCAAGUACCAGGACACCCUUCAGCGGGAGAGUGAGCAGAGGAAGCCCUCCCAGACCUCCGUGUCCAAACACAACCAGGAACUUGAGUCUCAGCUGUCGGUGGCAGAAACACGAUGUCAGCUCCUGGAAAAACAGCUCGAGAAUAUGAGGAACAUGGUCAGCAACGCAGAGAAGGUCAAAAUUAGUGCAAUCAGCAAAACCAUCGAACUUGAUAGGCUACAGGAACCAGUCGAGCACUCCUCGAGCUUCCAGGAAAACUUGCGGAAAAUCGCUGAGCUUGAGCGGGAUCACAUGAAGCUUACGGCCAAUCGAAACCCUUGCAGAGGUAACAAGAUACGGGAGUUGGAGGAGAGGCUGGGAGAGGAGAGGCACCAUAGAAAGGUCAUUGUGGAGAAGGCUGCAGAGAUUGAGUCAGUCCAGAAGGCAAACCGUAUCCUCCAGGAAGCAGAUGAAAAGGAGAGGGAGUUCAAGAAACCUCACAAAGUCAAGCGGGCCACAAAAAAGAAGAAGAAAGUGGUGAGCAAGAAGUCUGGCCAUUGUCACAAGACAGAUCCUGCCAAACACUAUCGACUCAACCUCAAUGAUAUUCCGUUUGUGGCCGGAAAGAACACUGGCCCCAGUUACUCUGUCGGUGCAAAUGUCCAGAACGUUCUGUCCCUCAUGAAGUCUCACAACAUGGCGCUGUGUUCACGGGCAACGUACGCUGGAGGAUCAUGUGGCUCAUCAACACCAUCAUCGUCAGAAUCGAGCUCUCCCUCUACGGAACAUGACCUUGCUGAGAUCUUGAUACAGUUGCAGGAUGAGUUCCAUCAAAUGAGUUUCGAGCAUCAGGAGCUGUCCAAGGAGAUCAGUGACUCUGAGGACCCUCGCAUGCGUGAGGACAUGGAGCGAGAGCUAGAGGCCCUCGUGUCCCGCAUGGAGGCCAAGAGCCUGCAGAUAUCUAAGAUACGAGGACAUCAGGAAAAGGUGGCAAAUAAAAAGAAGAAAAAGUCACGACGGAACAGUGAUGGCGACGAAUACUCCACACCUCGCUCGGGUCAUAGGUACGCGCACCCGCGCGUGAGCGCGUCCCCGUCACCUGUAUAUUCGGGGGAAGUGGAGGUUACCACGACGAUAAAACCGAGAGGGGCAGGUGCUGGCGUGGUGCAGAUACGGCCAAGUAGCGCGCGGGAAAUUUCACUCAAUGUUCUGAAAGACAUGAAAAAAUUGCAAUCCACUCUGAGGAAAGACGAUCUGUGUUGGAAAUAAUGUUGGAUGCCUGUAGUGUUUUUUAGCGGGGCUGUUUUCGGAGAAAACCCGAGCUAUUGUCAUAGCCAGCUCGUCGUCCAACAUCCGCCAUCCACCAUAGGCGUCGUGCUAAAACUUUAACAUUGGCCAUAACUUUUUUAAAUAUUGAAGAUAGCACCUGAUAUUUGGCAUGCAUGUGUAUCUCAUGGAGCUGCACAUUUUGAGUGGUAAAAUUUCAAGGUGAACAUCAUCCUUCAAGGUCUAGGGUCGAAAAAACAAAGUCAAGGGAAGUAAUUAGCUUUAAAUGGACAUAGUUAUCUGACCUGCCCACGUAUAUAUUUUUGUUAAAUAAAUCAAAGCGGCGCAGUAGGUGGCAUUGUGUUUCUGACAAACACAUUGUGGUAAAAGGUCAAGGUCAUCCUUUACGGUCUAUGGUAAAAAAUACAAAUUCAAGGGAAGUAAUAAGCUUUAAAAAGGGAGAAAAUUAUUCAAUAUUGAACAUAGCCACUUUAUAUAUUUGGCAUGCAUGUGUAUCUCAUGGAGCUGCACAUUUCGAGUGGUCAAUCACAGUCACGGUAAUGGCUUUUAAUUAUUUGCUACUAAAAAUAGAGAUUUGUUAGAGACAAUUAUUUUCAAGGGAAGUAAUUUAUAUAAUUAUAAAUCUCAUAUCAUAUAUUUCCUUACCAAGAAUUGAAGUUCUUUUCACAGUUACUGUACAGAUUUAUUAUUUUGAUUAUUUAUAACUCAAAUGAUUGAUUUUUCGAAGUUUUUUUUUUAAAUGAUAUAAUUAUAAUUUCUUUGAUGUUCAUUAUAUACCUGUGGACUUAUGUCCAUAGAUACAUGAUCAACUCUGGCUAUGAUCUCUUUUAAACCACAGGCCUUGGUUGUUAGUGAUUUCUGACAUGGUCAUAAUUGACUGUGAGACCCUCCCCCCUCCCCCCCCCUCGGUUGGAUUGGACAAAAUCCAAGGGAAGUAAUAAAGCUUUAAAGGGAGAUGAUGUCUAUACCUGCCAAGUGAUAAAUAGAAAUUUUAUUUCAAAGUGGUGCAGUAGGGGGCAUCGUGUUUCUGACAAACACAUCUCUUGUUGGGUCACUAGGUCAAAGGUCACUGUGACCUUUAAAAAAAAUACAAGCUUUCGCAGCCGAGCGUGGCACCUGUUAUGCGGUGCUCUUGUUUUAUUGUUGUUUUAAUCUCACUUUUCAAUAUCUCUAUAAUGUAAUUUGGAAAAAAAAUGUUUUAAAAUUGUAAUUUUAUUUUUUAUUUUAUGAAAUGAUGGUGCCAGUUAUAUAAUUGACUGUGAUCUAUUCUAUAAGGUCAAGUACCAUUCAACAUUUUGCUGAAAACCUGUCCUUCCAAGAUGUCCAUGACGCUUUACGUUUUAAAAAUUGGAUUACAAGUCAGUUUCUAAUUUGGGACCAUUUCAUUAUUAGCAUUUAAAAUGCCAUUCUUUGUAAGGAAAUUUAUGAAAGAUGCAAAAAAUUACAAACAUAUUGCUAUGUGGCAGUUGAACCUCAAAAGAUCUAUAUCGUCAUCUUACGCAUUCUGUAAAGUCUAUGUUUUGAUAUCAGAUAUUUCAAAAAGUCAUUGAAAUCAUUCUGUUACUUUCAACUCAAAGCAUACAUUUGAAGUCCCUUAUUUGAGGCAUUAUUGCCUGUAUGUCAUGUAUUUUAGAUAUUGAUAUUAUAUUCCAUUUAGUCAUUUUAUGUACUCCUUCAUCCUGGUAUUGUACACUUAUGUUUUCAUCAACAUGUACAUGAUUUAUCAUUCCAAAAGGAGCAGCUAUAUUUAGAUUGAAUUAGCUGGAACAAGACAAAUGCAUUUUUCUACGUUACUGUUUUGUUCCUGCAUCUCCAUGUACAUUCGAUCAAUAUAAGUGAUCAUUUCUGUCUGACCAGUUACUGCAGUUAUUGUCCCCUACCAGUGAAACCGGAGGGGACUUACGGUUUGCGCUCCGUGUGUCAGUCUGUCAGACUUUUCUGGAUCCUGCGAUAACUUUAAAAGUUCUUCAUAUUUUUUCAUGAAACUUGAAACAUGGAUAGAUGGCAAUAUGGAGAGUAUGCACGUCAUUUCAUUUUAUUCCUACUUCAAGAAUUCUGGUUGCUAUGGCAACAAAUAUUUAUAAAAAAAAAUGUUAUUUUUUACUGACAAUGGUGGAGUUUCACCGGUAGGGGACAAUAUUGCUUGGCAAUCUCUUGUUUCAUGUUAAUUUAUUAAUCAAUUAUAAGUUUUGUGAACAUUUUCGAAAACAAAAUAAAUAGUUAAGAUUGGAUAAAUAAGUGGAAAUAAAAUCUUACCUACACAUUGUGUACUUGACUUGAACACAUUUAUGCAGAUACUAAUAUUACAAACAAGGAAUACUUUUGUCUUAAAAUUUUGAACAAUGUAGGUUACCAGUUGAUACAAGCUAAAUAUUACAAAUUUAAUGUUUGUUUGUGAUGUCUCUUUUCUGGCAUGUAUCAUGUAUAGAUUUUAAAAUAAGCAGCAUUAUAUAAUCGGUGUAACUGUAGCCAUGUAUUUAUCUGUUGUAGCAUUAUUACAUAAAGUUUCUUCUUGUUAUGGGACCAAAAGAGUGGUAUACAUGUCAUAUUAACUGUUUGUCUUUUAAGUAGUCAUCACUUUGAAAGGUUGUGUAAGUGUUGUCUUGUACCCAUAAAUUACGCAUUAUAUGGAUCGUGGUCAGAAGAUUUGAGACUUUUCCUUAUUUAAGACAAAAUGUCUGCAUAAUUUGUGUGGAAUAUUUCUUGUUGUAAGCUGUUGACUGAUGUAAUUUUGCAAAUAUUUGUAUCAUAUUGUUGGUCACGAGGUCGUUGAAUAUUUUGUUUACUGGUACAAACAGUUGUUUGGAGUCAAAACUUUUUUCAUCAGAACCGAACAGAACAAAUACUUUAUUCACUUAAGCAUAUCUUGGUUCAUAUUAUUAGACAUUUAUACAUGCGUGAAAACAUAAGAAAUUAAGAUAUUAAUAUAUAAUGCGUGAGAGUGUUGUGUUUUCAUAUAAACAAUUAAUUGAUUAUAUGAACAACAGGCAGAAAACAAAGUAUAUUCAUUUAGUAAUAAACUAUAAUGUUAGAUUUAUAAUUGUAUGGCUUAAAGAGAUGUUCUCCAACUUAUGAAAAAAUUAUAAUGUUUUGUUUUUAAGUUUUAUGAAUUGGUAGCAAUUUAAUAAAUGUAUAUGUAACAUUGGAGAUAUUUGCAAAUUAUAAAUGAAAUAUUAAAUUAUCUCAGGACUAUCUUUGUCAUCUUGCCAUAAACUAAAUUGAUAACAUGAUUUCUUUUAAAUUUUUUUGUUGACAAUUUUUUAAGUAACCAAUUUAAAUACAACUUAUUUUUAUAAGUUGCGUACUGUUAUAUGUUUACAGCAUUUUGUUGUCCAUGAAUGGAUCAAAUGUAACUUCAGUUACUUGUAUCUAUGCAUGGCUUUAGAAUUGAUUUGUUUUGAAUGUGACUGUGAUACUUAGAUUAGUUUUAAAUGUUUUCUAUGUGUUUUUGGUUUAUAAAAAAUGUGCCAAUCAAGGAAUCAUGCUGUUUUGUUGGAGAAUUUUGUAACAGCUGUGAAGUAAAACUUGGAAUUUUUGCAUUUAAUGAAUUCCUUGCAUCAUUAUAUUUAUUAUUUAGCUAAAUACUUGUCUUAAUUAUUAUCAUUUAUCAUAUUUUUAUGAAGUGAACAGAACAAAUUGAAAACAUGUAAAUGAUACAUACAAUAGCAUUAUUUGCAUUAUAAACUGUAUUGUGAAGAACAAUUAACAAUUAAUGUUUGUUCAAUUUCUAGUAAGGUUACAUCUCUAAGUUUCAAGAAUUCAAUAAUUACGUACAUAGUGACAUAUCAUGCAUGCUCUCUUUGUAAAAUUUGUGUUUAUUUUGAAAGCCUUUGAUAUGCCUCUGAAAGUUAAUAACUAGUAAAAUCUUCUAAGACUAUUAGCAAUUAAAUAUAUCAUUACAUUAUUUUAUUAGCAAAAAUGUCUGUUUUCCAAACCCACCGAAAACCAAUAAUUCUAGAGCAGAUUCCUUGUGGCCGUUUUUUUUUUUAAUUUGUAUUUAACUGCCGAUAUAUGGCAGAAGUAUCCUUUGUAUUUAUUGCACUUCAAUCAUGCAUUGAAUAAACUUUUAUUGAGCA